ACCUCUACCGAUGUAGGUACAAUGCAUGAGGAGCUUCCCAUUCUGACACCAUUCAUUGACUCCUCCUCCUCACAUUUCCAAUUCCCUACGCUACGUUACCCAAUUGCUUUAUAUUAUAUAUUAACAGGACCACUUAUGCCCUGACACCCGUCUACCACAUUAAAUAGGUACCAACUAAGCUCUGUCGAGAGAGAAAAUAUGGCGCACUCCCUCAAAGGCCCUUCCCCCCAGGAACACGAUGGCAGCAGCCUGCGCAUCGGCAUCGUGCACGCGCGCUGGAACACCACCAUCAUCGAGCCGCUGGUCAAGGGCACCAAGGAGAAGCUCUUGAGCUGCGGCGUCAAAGAGUCCAACAUCGUCGUGCAGUCGGUGCCGGGGUCGUGGGAGCUGCCCAUCGCCGUCCAGCGCAUGUACGCCGCCUCUCAAAUCCAGCAAUCCAGCAGCGGCAGCGCCUCAGCCGGCGACCUGCUCGGCGGCUCGACAACAGACCUAGCCUCGACAGCUGCGACGGCAACUGCGACGCAGCCCUUCGACGCCAUCAUUGCCAUCGGCGUGCUGAUCAAGGGCGAGACCAUGCACUUCGAGUACAUCGCGGACUCGGUAUCGCACGGCCUGAUGCGCGUCGGCUUGGACCUGGGCAUCCCCGUCAUCUUCGGUGUCCUGACCGUCCUCGACGACGCCCAGGCCCAGGCCCGCGCGGGCCUUACUUCCGGCGGCCACAACCACGGCGAGGACUGGGGCCUCGCCGCCGUUGAGCUCGGCGUCAAGCGCAACGCUUGGGCUAGGGGUAAGAUGGAGUAGAAAAUAUCCAAAAAUGAAACCAAAAAAGGACAACGGACUGGUAGGGAUUAGUCGGACGAAAGUGUAGCCUCGAUCACCGUCGAAGGGACAGGGCAACAUCAUAAGAAAAUCAUAGGCUAAUUACGAUAGGCUUUAGCAAAAUACCUUGGCUCAUAGGAUAAAUUCCAAAAG